UUGAAAUUCAACAAAUAAUCUCUAUUAAGUUAGCAAACUCAUUAAUGACUUUAACGGAAAUGGUGGGUUUGCAUUUGGUAUCAACCUUUAAGCAGAAACCACAAAAGAAUGGCAAAGCGAGGAACCCUCCAAAUGUCAUAUUUACAUUCUCUUCGGGACCAAUUGCCUUAUAAAUUGGUGCGCUUUCAGGUCCCAAAACUCAACCACAAACUUAAACAACAUUCAAAAAUGACAGGAAAAAGAAUCGUAAACAUUGAAGUUCGUGCAGCAAUCUGCACCAUUAUUCUCCUUGCCCCAGUUGUUCUCUCGCAGAAUUCACCACAGAUACCAGCUGAUAAAUCCCAAGUGAAUGCUUGGUUUAACGCCAACAUCAAGCCUGCCUCAGCGAGGGCUGGCACCCUAGACCCAGCCCUUGUUCAAGCUGAGGCUGAACCUCAUGUCAUAAAGGUGAGAAAAGAUGGCAGUGGAGAUUUCGACACCAUAACCAAAGCCAUUGCGAGCGUUCCAUCUGGGAACACCAAACGUGUGAUUAUAUCUAUUGGAGCUGGAUCUUAUCGCGAGAAAAUCACAAUUGUGCGAACUAAGCCAUUCAUUACAUUUUACGGGGAUCCCAAAAACAUGCCAAAUUUGACAUUUGACGGUACGGCAAGGCAGUAUGGAACCUUAGACAGCGCCACACUUAUUGUCGAGUCUGAUUACUUUGUGGCUGCAAAUAUCGUUAUAGUGAAUACUGCUCCGAGGCCAGAUGGGAAAAUGGUGGGAGCACAAGCGGUUUCCCUGAGAAUCUCCGGGGACAAGGCGGCUUUCUAUAACUGCAAGCUCAUUGGUUUCCAGGAUACUUUGUGUGAUGACAGGGGCAACCAUUUUUUCAAGGAUUGUCACAUUCGAGGCACUGUUGAUUUCAUUUUUGGAAGCGGAAAAUCUUUGUAUCUGGGCACGGAAUUAUACGUGGAGGGGGAUACGGGACUUACAGUAAUUACAGCACAAGCGAGGGAAAGUGCAUCGGAGAACACUGGUUAUUCCUUUGUACAUUGCAGCGUUACUGGAACAGGAAACGGCACAUAUCUGGGCAGGGCCUGGAAGACCAGUCCUAAAGUCGUGUUUGCCUAUACUGACAUGAGCAGUGUCGUCCAUCCUGCUGGAUGGUCUUUUAAUUUUAAACCAGAGCGAGCCAAAACUGUUUUCUAUGGAGAAUUCAAGUGCACGGGACAAGGUGCAGCUCCCGGUGGGCGAGCGCCAUUCACCAAGCAGCUAACUGAGGCAGAAGCCAAACCUUUCCUGGUUCUUGAUUAUGUUGGUGGCACCAAAUGGUUGCUUCCUCCUCCGAAGCUCUAAAUAUCAAUUGCCUGUUAAUCAGGGAUUUAAAUUACAAUAGUGGUCACAUUUUUUGUUAUAUUAUGUUAA